UAAAAUUCCAAAAAAAUAGCUUAUCAGAUUUAUCUAAAUAAAAAAUAUUUGACGUCGUUGGAAAAAAGAAAUUGAGCAUGGUCCAAAUUGAUUUGUGUUGCCAUAUCCCCUAAUUCGGCUGUAUAUUCAAAUUUGUUUAUAAUUAAUCAAAUUUUUCUUUCAUUUAAAACUAUUAAAGCUAAAAAUUCAAAACAUAUGAACGGCCAAGAUCACUUAAUAUUUUUUUGGUAAGUGAGAUCACUCUAUAAUUUCAUAUUGUUUUGAUAGGAAACCACAGUCUUAUUAGGCCGACAUAUGGGCCCAGAGCUGAAAGUCUGUCAAAGACAAAACAUCCCACACAUUGAAAACAUGGGACUGAAGUCUGUAUGGUGUACAUAGAUAUGAACAAUUCAUGGUAUCAGAAGCAUGUUUUUACAAACAGGGGUUACUACAUAUUUCUUGUGUCAUGACCUUGUUUUUCACAUGAUUUAUUAAACUAAAACAUAUAAAUGAGAGUUGUUAAUAGGCUUUGAAACUUCUAAAUUUUGUCAAGAUAGUUGAAGGGUAUUCAAUGCCCCUAAGGUGUCAUUGCACGCUAGAAAAGCAAAAGAUAAACAAGGGAGUUUUAGUUGGUGGACAUUCUUUUACAUUAACAUUAUUUCUUUUCAAUUGGUCUUGAGAAGAGAAAAUUGGAAGACACCAGUAUGGGAUGCAUGAUCGCCAAGACCCAAUAAUUUCAUGUAGGUCCUUGUGAAAUUAUAUAAUUAUGAAUAUUGAUAAUCCUGGGGAAAUAGGGGCCAGCAAUUUAAAAUGCAUUGUGGCUAGCCAUUCGUGAUAACAUCUUGCAGGGUCAGGAAUAUUUAUUUUGAUUUUUCGGUACUCGUCGUUCAAAGCCUUCAAUGUUUGGCUGAGUUGUAACAGUAUUUUAAUGUUGUAGCAUACAAAUGCAUCGUGCAUCCAGCUAAGAGUUACUUUUUAUAUUCAAGCUUUGGUUGACCUAUUCUUUUUAGAGGGAUUUACAAAGAGUAAUGACUUAACUAUCUGGAAUACAAUCAUGAAGUUGAAAGUAUCAAAGAUUCAUAGUGACAUAUCAUAAAAACUUUCUUGACUAAUUGGGUAGAUGAAAAAACACAACGGUGAAUAUGCAACAACAAUCCAAGGUCGCAUACCUGAUUGGAUAUAUCAUGGCGAAUUCUUCUUCAGAAAAAGUUGUGUAUGCCAUAAUGGAAUCUGAUAGGUAAGAUUUCAUGAUUCACUAUUUUGAAUGAUUCUAAUUCAAAACUGAACAUGAAACUUUGGUUUCAUUUGGCUCCUUUAUGGAAGAUAGAUAAAUCUUAAAUUUAAUCUCUUAUUUACAAACCUCAUAUUGGCAAGGAGGCCUCAAUGGCGGCAAGCCAUGUUUGAGGAAUUGUUGGCCUUGCAAAAGACAUCAAAUAAUAACGUAAUUAUGGUUAUCAUGAUAGUUAUAGUGGAUAAAGCUAUAUUUGAACCUUUUUUUAGAUAGAUUUACUAGUCACCCUUUUCUGUGAAUGUUGGUUCACUUCUAAUGAUAGAGCCAUAGUGAGGGCAGAACUGAAGGGCACCUGCUUCUAUUGCAAUUUUGAAAAGUUCUAGGGUUUAAAAAUUUUUUAGAACUUGCUCCCAACCUCUCACUCAAAAGUUUCUGAAAAAUUUAAUGAUAGUUUUAUAUUUUAGCAAAUGUGGGAUUCUUUUAAAAGUAAAAUAUCCAGAAUUUGUCAGUUAUGGAUUAUGUUUUGGGUUAAAUUGGUUCGAUUAGUUAGACUUGAACAGUUUGCUUGUGGCAGAUUAAAUCGUUCUUAUAUCGAUGUUCAAUUUUAAUUGAUUUGUGAUAUAUUGAAUUUUUUUCUAAAUUGUUUCAAUGUAGUUGAGUCAUUUAUGGGCUUUAUAAAUUAUUUGUUAAAAGACUCAAUGAUAAAGUGUCCCUUUGGGGACAUCUGAUACUGAGAAGACUCAAUGUUUUUUAAGUAUUCAGUUUAACACUGUUACAAAUGUUUCUUAUUAGGACUUGUGGAUGAUUAUACUACAUUUUUGGGUAGAUAAACUACAUUUAUUCUGCGAAGAAAGAUCUUCCAAUAUAGCUCAAGGCACUUCCAAAUGGGUACACACUCCAGUAUAGGGCUAAACGGAGCCUAAUUCAUCAGAGAGUAUCUUAACGCACCCUGACAAUAGGAAAUUUUUAUGUGAGCCUUUUUUACUAGCGCUUUUUUGUGUAUUUUGCUUGUGUAUGUCAAUUACCAGUUGACAUUCUUUUAAUGAAACUGUGCUUACAUAAAAAUUAGAGAAAAAUAUUUAUUAAUGAAUUUUAGGUUGGCCCCCCACUAUAGAAAAUCGUAGUUCUGCCCCUGCUCACUUCUAUGUUAUUUUCUUAUUGUCAUAGGCAUCAUUUCUCUCAAUCUGCAUGCUCUUGCUGAACAACUUGCAAAAUCUGAUCCAUCAGAAAGGCUUUUUAUUGAAGCAGAUCUAUUACCACCAGAGCUGUGCACUGAGUUACAAGCAAGCAGCAAUCAGGGAUCUGGCCAGGGUCAAGCUCCAAGUAGGAGUUAUAUGGCUGAGAAAGAUUCUGAUUCCUUAGCGUCCCAUUGUGUUUCUGAAGGAGAGAAGAACACUGAUCAAGACACCACAACCACCACCAGCCAUCCAUUUCCAGCUUAUACCAGUGAAGGGUCAAAGUCCAUAAAUCAGGUGAAGGAUGAAGUCCAGCAUAUUGGCAGUACUAGUCAAAGCAUUUUCUUGGAAUCUACAGCAGAACUCAAUGUGGAUUCUAUUUCAAACCCUGCGAAGAAACUGUCUAGAUUUGAGGCAGCAGCUGCAGAAGCAGAGCUUGACAUGCUUCUCGACUCGUUUAGUGGAACAAAGUUUCUUGAUUCCCAUGGCAUCACGGAGAAGUCCGGUCACACAUCUUAUUUGUCACAAGGAGAAACCUCAAAUUUGUUGUUGGAAGGAAUUUCAUCUGUUUGGUUGGUUCCUGCUGAACCAGUGAAGAAAGACCCAGAUUUAUCUAGUUCUGCACUGGUAUCUGCCAAUCUGGAUGAUGAUACCAUUGAUGACCUACUCAAGCAAACAUCCAGUCUAAUAAACAACAAUAGUCCAUCACAGUCCAGUGAGGUAAAGGCUGCCCCUUCUGAUGUUCUAUCUUCCUCUUCCUUGCACCCUGCUUCCAAGUCUAAACUUUUGGAUGAUUUUGAUUCAUGGUUGGAUACAAUUUGA